CGAAGAUGUAGCCAACAUAACUUUCUAACGCUUAUUAAGUAUUAGAUGGAGAAUGUAUAGUGUUAGAUUACAGAAGAAACGAAAAAAAUUGGAAAUCUUGUCAUUGUAAUUAGUAUAACUAAAAAAACUUUGUUGGAAAUGUGUAAUAGGUGAUAUGACUUUUGUACGCGUAACUAUUACGGGAGAAUUGGUGCACAACACGUAUAGCUUAUUCUUGUACUAGAGGAAUAUAAGUGAUUUGUGCUGCAUAGUGCGAAGGCGUUUUGUUUUUGGUGUGUAGGUAUGUUGUUACUUUAUGUGCGUAAAGAAACACAGACUUCAAACGCAGCUGUGUUAGCAGAAAGUUGAUUUAGAAAAAUAAGGAAUGGCUACAAAUAUUGGUGGGAAUUUGGGUCAGCCCCAGAUUGCUGUCACAACCAUAGGUAAUAUGCAAGCUGGAACAGGAGCAGCAGUAACAAUGCCUGGUCACCUGCCACAACAGCCUCCCGCACAACAGCAGACUGUUGGCACAGGCAUCAACACACCAAUGGAAGUAGAAUCUGCAGUACAGUCUUCUGUGGUAUCAUCAGCCCAAGUAAGUGGCUCCUCCACUGCAGGACUGGGAAAUCUCCAAUCAGUAGUGGGAUCUGGUAUGGGCAAUGCAGUUACCACCUCAUCUGUUGUCACCAUGUCGUCACAUUCUCCUUUAACAACAGCACUACAGAGUGGGAACACCAACACUCAGCCUUCCACAAAUACUAUUGGAACACAGGUUAAGAGUUCAUCCACAACUGCCACCUCCUCCACCACAGUGGUUCCGCAUGAAGUUCAGGCUCAGAUUCUGACUCGACCACGUCUUCAAGACUUGGUUCGUGAAGUAGAUCCAACUGAACAGUUAGAUGAAGAAGCAGAGGAACUUCUAUUACAGUUGGCUGACGAUUUUGUGGAGUCAACAGUGGGUGCUGCUUGUUUGCUUGCCAAGCAUAGGAGGGCCUCUACUGUAGAUGUCAAGGAUGUUCAGCUCCAUCUUGAGCGAAACUGGAAUAUGUGGAUUCCAGGGUUUGGAACAGAUGAACUGCGUCCGUAUAAGAGAGCAGCAGUUACUGAAGCUCACAAACAGCGUCUUGCACUAAUUCGCAAAGCACUUAAGAAAUACUGAAUUUUUGUGUCUUUAGGAAAUUACUUUUAAAGUCUUAUUACACAUAAGAUGACAAAACAGUGAUUAAUGUUUUCAUCUAUGAACUUUAUUUUUGCAUUGUAAAAUAUAGUCAAGAGAAUGCAUCUGAUCUUCAUAAUGUCAAAUUUUUGUGUUUCUGGAUUUGUUGUGCCGAACAGUGAUUGUGAAUUAAAAGGAUCUGAAACAUUCAAAAUACUCUCUUGCACUCCUUAGUAAAGCUCUUGACAUAUAAUGUACAUAAUAAAAUAAAAUAUAUUAUUACGGUGAUA